CGCAGCUAAUAAUUUGUGUGUAUCUCAUAUUGAUGUGGUUGGCAUUAUUCGCUUUAUUGAUUGAAGUAGAGAAUUGAAAAUUAAAUUGUGAAUUUAUAUUUUUACUUAUAAUCACCUACAUUAUAAAAAAUAACAUCAAAUAAAAAUGUCUGAACAUUCGGAAGAACACGUAAUGAAUGAACCAAAAGCCACUGAUCAUCAACAACCAAAAAUUAAUGAGAUUGCUCAAAAAUUCCUAGCUGAUUUGGAGGAAGAACGUGAUCGCCUAGAAGAAUCCUUUCCUCUAUGUAAAUUAUUAAUUGAUGAAGCUUUCAAUAAAAUUUAUUCAACUGGCCGCAUUCCUGGUAAAGAAUACUAUGCAGACGUCUACAAGCAAAAACCGCUUAAAAUUAGUCAAAAAGUCUUUGUACCAGUAAAACAAUACCCAAAGUUUAAUUUUACUGGAAAAAUUUUGGGACCAAAGGGAAAUUCUUUAAGACGCCUGCAAGAAGAAACGCAAUGUAAAAUUGCAAUUAAAGGUCGCAAUUCAAUGCGCGAUCGCAAUAAGGAAGAGGAAAUGCGUAGCUCAGGUGAUCCUAGAUAUUCUCAUUUGAAUAAAGAUCUAUUUCUCGAAAUAUCUACUGUUUCGAGUCCUGCUGAAAGUUAUGCACGUAUUGCAUAUGCUCUUGCAGAAAUACGUAAAUAUAUAGUUCCAGAUAAGAACGAUGAAGUUUCUCAUGAACAAUUUCGAGAACUGAUGGAAAUCGAUCCUCAGUCAGUUAAACAACUAAAUGGUUCUCAUCCAUAUAUCAACAAAUCUGUUCUAGAAAAAAAACUAUCAGGUGGGCCGUCAGGUUUAUCUAAGUACAUGAAUCUUAUUCGAAAUAUUUCCUAUGAUCAAAUGGAACCCGAAAUGGAAGAACCAGUAGAAGCAAGCUAUAAUCCACGUGCUCCAAACCGUCAAAACCAAUCUGUUUAUGGGUAUGCUAAAGCAAGGACAGCAAUGCCAACAGGCUUCAAACGUCAAUUGGUUGGACCCUACGCUACAGAUACAAAACGUUUACGUGAAGCUCCUAUAAAACCUUUUAAACCCAGUUCUUAUUCUAUUUUAAAUAAAUAUAAAUAAUCGAAAAAUAUAAUAUUGCAAAAAGUGUAAUGACAACCACAAAAA